AUGGAGACGCGCAGAUCUCCCGCUUCGGGUCUUCCUGCGUCCCACCCCUCUCGGUUUCCGCCCCUCGGCCAUGGACCGCACUACGGCCACCACCCGUCACGGCCGCGAGCCGCAGGUGACACCCACGCUUCGCCGAGCUCGGGCUACUCGGUUUCUGGCGCCUACCCCGUCACUUCUUUCUCGCCGUCCCCCUCUUUCGCUUCGUCUCCAUCUUCGGGAAUCCAGGCGCCCAAUUCCGUAGCGCGAGAGCCUGCAGCGCCUGGUGCGGUGUCGUACAUGCCAGCGGGGCAUUACGUUCCUCCUGCCGGGGGUUCCGUGGCUGCGCAUCCCUCGUCCGUGACUUACAUGCCACCUCGCGGACACGCUCCGCCUGCAGGAUUCGCUUCCUACCCCUCCCCCGCUCCUGGCGGAGGUGCGUCACCCGCGUACUUUUCGACGCCGACUUCAGGUCUUCCGUCCGGCGCCUCCACGUCCACGGCCAGCUUCACGAAUGAAGACAGGACUCAACAGCGCUCGCCUCACCUCGUGCACAGCGCGCCUGGAAACCACGCAGAUCAGCAACGUCAGCCAGGAACUGUGUCUCCACGCCCUACACAUAUCCAGGCCUCGUCCACGCACUACCACGUUAGACCGUCUCUGCCGCCCUCGUCUUCUCACGCUCGUCCCUCGGCCCCGCAGGUGCAUGCAGCGUCCGGCUACGGCGGGGCGCCGGGAGCCUCUUUCUUCCCUCUCUCUUCGCCUGAUGUGCGCUUCCCUGCUCGGCCGUUCCGCCAGGAGGACGCCUCGGCUCCGACCACGCACGCGAACGGGUCGGCCUUCGCUGUCAACGGGACGACUUCGCCCUACGGCCAGCGCGCGGGAACGCCCGGGGAAACCGGAAGCCCUCAGUUCUUCGCGUCUGUCGCGCCCAGUCCGUCUCCUCAAGGCCCACCGGGCGCCGCGCCUUUGGAGUCUGCCGCGCAGCAGAUGCCGACGUCGAACUCAACCGGAAGGAAUGCGUCGCCCGUGCAUGCGCCCGCGUUCUACCCUCCGUCCAGUUCCCCGUCGUUCCCGCAAAACUCCGCGGCGGGUGCCGGGUUUGGGUCUGCCGCCGACUUGAACCCCCACGGGCGCGGCCUGACCCCGGCAGGCGCCCAGAGCCGAGCCCACGGCGCUUCGGUUCCUGCUUCGGAAGCCGGCGCAGUGCAUGCGUGCUUCGGGACUCCCCUCCAGCGUCGGGCCUCCUCGCCCCUCCAGGAGGUUCUUGUGUAUCGGGCCUCCGGCGCCGGGAUGCAAAGCGGCGAGUUCUCGCAGCUUCCAGGUGCCGUCACGGGGUCGGGUUCCCAAGUGCACGGCGCGGCCCCACAGUCCCCGUACGCCCCGAAGUUUGGGCCCUGGCCACAUGGCGCGGUCUCCGUCUCCCCGGGCCAGAAGGCCCAGCCUCAGGACCCGCGAGGCGUCAAGCCGGGAGGCGCUAGAAGCUUCGGCGGGGACUCACGACCUGAAGACAUUCCUCACGCUGGACGCUCCGGAGGCGUGCGCACGCCUGGACUCGACAGCGCAGCGAGUUCGGCCUUCUCCGGCUACAGUUCGGCAGGGGGUUCCGCGUCUCAGUCGUCCUUUUCGCGGGCGCCGUCGCCGGGGAACGAGGGGCGAAACGGGUCUCCGAUCAAGGCUGGCCCUCCUGGGUCUGCACGCCCGUCCGCGCGGGGGUCUCAGACGGCUGCUCCACUCGCGGAAGGUGCGCGUCUUUUGCCGCCGAGCGGCCGAGAGAACCCGUCAGGGCGAGGCGGACAGAGCGCGGGUUCCGAAACGGCGGGAGCGUCCGCGUCUCUGCACGCUCGGCCUCUGGCGUCCAGCGAAGGCGGCACGGCAGGCGCGCCGCCCACUUCUCGAGAUGCAGCCGCUGCCUUUCUCCCUACCAUGAACGCGCCAAGACCCGGCGGCGCGGGCGGCACUUCGAGGCCGUCGCCGCCUCCCAAAGGACCAGCGUCGGCUUUGGGGCGAGAAGGCGACGUCGCGGGCGGGGGGGUUGCUCCGUCGGCCAGUGGAGGACAGGGCCGACAGUUGCUGAAGACGCUGAACUUCUCAAAGACGCUCUUUGUCACCGAGUCCUUCACCGAGAAGAAGUUGAACGUAGCAAGCAACACGUUGCGGAAAAACUACGAAAACUUUGUUCUGUUGAGAAACAAAAACGCCAUUGUCAUUCCAGGUCCGAAGAAAACCAAGGACCACCCCAGGGGAACCAUUGUCGCAUACAACAGUGGCUACAUUGUGGCUGCGGCAACCCGGGAACAGUUCGUAGGCAUGAAUUUGUCACCUGCCUGCGCCGACUCCGGAGGUUCCAAGAAAGGUGGCGUGGUCCCCCCAGCGACGGCGCCGCCAAGCAAGGAGAUGAGUUCCGUCCUCGUGGCGCCGUCGGUGCAAACGAAUGCGCCGAUUUACGCCGACUGGAUUCGCAAGAAGUUUCGUUCGCACGAGGCAGAGCCUCUGUGCCGGAGCAACGGCUUCACGCGCCCGCUGACAGUGAUGGCCCGGGCCGAUAUCGAUCCUCCCUACGAGGUCUUCCUGGAAGAGCUGCGGGAUUUCCUCUUCCUCCACUUCCCGCACUGGCUGGUCGCCUACGAUCCGGAGGUGUCUCCGUGCCUCGUCGUCUCCAAGGCGAACCCGAGUUUGACGGGACCGUCGCCGCUUGCGAAGCCGUCUUCCCUGAAGCGCAACGCGUCCCCGAAGGACGCCGCGGCGGACGAGGACGGAGAGGCCAGUGCAGCAGCGGUCGCGGCAGGGAGGAAGAAGGGAGAAACGGCGGCGGAAGGGCCAGCGCGCACGCAUCGGGGCGAGGCUGUCUCCUCGGUGUUGCCUCGGGGCUCGAACCCCGGAGGACUGCUUUGGGGGGCGUCUGGGAGUCCGUUUUCUUGCCGUCGCAAACGCCCGUUUUCGGCGGUUUCGGGUUCUCCAGGAGGGGUCAGCCCCUUCAGCGCCGAAGUCGAAAACGUCUCGGCGCUGUGGGGAGUGAACGCCACGCAGUUGUUUUUUCCUCACCUUCCGUCCCACGUCCAUCUGUGGCCGCCGGAAGAGAAAAUUGACGUGUGGAAGCGACGGGACGAAGAGGCCCGCGCAGAAAACCGGAGCUAUCUUCAGUGCAAGUUCGUCAUCGGGGCACGGCACGUGAUCGCCCACGGCCUAAAGAGCCAGCAAGACGUGCACGCAGCGAUGACCGAGUUCUGGCCGAUCCUCCGUUUUUUCAUUGCGCCUUCGCAGCUCCGCUUCCGGACUCCGGUCACCUCCUCGGCCGACGGACUCCUCGGCGAGGACGCCGGCACGGCCGGGAGUCAAAAGGGACCGAUGCGUGGCCUGCGGAGUCUCGGCGAGGACGAGGCCGGGAGGCCAGAAGACGACCUCUCUGUGGCGGGAGAGACCGUGAAAAACAUGUUUGGUGAGCUGCGCAAGCGGCCUCGCGGAGGCGCUGGCAAGCUGCCUGGGACCCCGCCGUCGCAACCUGCAGCGUCGCCGUCUCCGGGCUUUGCGCGUGGCGAGCGAGGCAGCGAGAGAGCAAACGUGCCCCGGCCAAACUCGCCUGCGGCACACACCGGCGCGCGGAAACUGGGCGACGCGUCUUGGCCCCCCGCGGGGCAUCCGCCCAGCGACGAGUCUGUCAGUCUUCAGCCGGCGGUGCGCGCCGAGUGGAGCUCCGUGCAUCUGACUCCGACGGCUCUGUAG